AUGGCUAGGUACGAUAGAGCAAUAACAGUGUUUUCUCCAGACGGGCAACUUCUUCAGGUCCAGUAUGCCCAAGAAGCGGUAAGGAAGGGAUCCCCAGUGGUGGGUGUUAGGGGUCCAAAUGUUAUAGUAUUGGCAGUUGAGAAGAAAUCGGUAGAAAAGCUGCAGGAUGAGAGAACGGAGAAGAAAAUAGUUCCUUUAGAUGACCAUGUGGUUCUGGCCUUUGCUGGUUUGAGAGCAGAUGCUCGAGUUUUGAUAUCUAGAGCUCAAAUAGAAUGCCAAUCCCACCGCCUAACAGUCGAAGAUCCCGUUUCCAUAGAGUAUAUAACAAGGUACAUAGCAGAAAUGAAACAGAGCUACACGCAGAGUAAUGGGAGAAGGCCAUUUGGUAUCUCCUGCUUGGUCGGAGGAUUUGACUAUGAUGGACAGCCUCAUCUGUUCCAGACUGAACCUUCUGGGAUUUAUUAUGAGUGGAAGGCAACCACUACAGGCAAAUACGACAAGACAUCUCGAGAGUUUCUAGAGAAGUACUACAGCGCAGAAGCGGUGGAAAAUGAAAACGCUGCCACGAAACUUGCAAUCAGAGCUAUACUGGAGGUGGUGCACUUUGGACAGAGGAAUUUGGAUGUGGCAGUCAUCAAAAGAGGCGAACCAGUCACAAUGUUGGAACCGAGCGCCAUACAGGAUUUGAUAGCUGUCAUCGAUAAGGAAAACGCUGAAGCUGAAAACCGCUGA